UUUCUUUUUGGAGUAACAUCUCAACGGCACCUCGGCUCUGGGCUGUAAGCCCUGCGAUCUCAAGGCGCAAGGCUGGGCGCAACCGCAGGGUUGCAGGGUUACGGGAUUGCGGGGUCCAGGGAGUGGGACCCGCCGACUCCGGGAACUAAGCACCGGCGCCAAAGCGUGGGAGGCGGCGGGGUGGAGUUGGGGGCCUGCCUCGCGCCGACGCAGUGCACUCACGGGGGCGGUCCCAGAGGCAGUGAGUUGUGGUUCCGGUUCCGUCCCGGAGACACGUGAAGGUCGGUGCGGAGUUCGUCUCUGCAAGCGUGGUCGCCCUGGGAUGGAUUCCUCCUCCUCUUCCUCCGCGGCGGGUUUGGGUGCAGUGGACCCGCAGUUGCAGCAUUUCAUCGAGGUAGAGACUCAAAAGCAGCGCUUCCAGCAGCUGGUGCACCAGAUGACUGAACUUUGUUGGGAGAAGUGCAUGGACAAGCCUGGGCCAAAGUUGGACAGUCGGGCUGAGGCCUGUUUUGUGAACUGCGUUGAGCGCUUCAUUGAUACAAGCCAGUUCAUCUUGAAUCGACUGGAACAGACCCAGAAAUCCAAGCCAGUUUUCUCAGAAAGCCUUUCUGACUGAUCUCAGCAUUACCUCUUUGGAAAAGGAAGGUAGUUCAAGAAAUGAAGAGCUGUUGAUGGGAUGAUUGAAGAAACAGCUAUGAGAGGAUUGGCUCCCAUCUUUUGUUACUCUUGGGACAUCCUGUCAUCUGAGAAUGAACAAAGACCAAUUUUUUGUGUGUGAAGCUUAAGGGUCAUAUGUUUGCUUGUAUUUUUUAAUGCUAAUCUUGUGAAAAUAAUUGACAGGUGAAUGGAAAAUUAUAUUUAGAUGCAUAUUACUGUACAUGGGACUAUGCUUUUCUCAAAGCUCCAUUAACUGCUUCCUAUAGUUUUGAUAGUGGGACCACAUACGUAAAAAUCUCAUUUGUGUGGAGUCAUUUCUGAUUUCAGGGGAGAUCCUUGUGUUUAUCAGAAAGGGCAGAAGUGGGGGAAGAAUAAUUUGGUAUCCUUAUCUAGUGUUUGAUUAUCAAUCCCGGAGAAAAAUAUCUGUAAGAGUGUUUAUACCGUACACUUCAGUUUUCUUGAUGAUCUCCCUUUCCUAUAUGAUGAUUUGCUUAAAUAUCCGUAUUAAGUAUAGUCUCAAGGUAGGGUAGGCAGCCUGAGAAUCUAGAGGCCUUUAGUUAUAAAGGAAUCUAGCCAGUGAACAUAAUUCUUAUUACUAGACUGCCACAAGGAAGAAAUUAACUUACCCUGUAUAUCAGGGUACAAAAAAUUCAAUGAUGUGCCUAAAUAAGUUAUAAAGAUUUAGGCCAAUCAGAAGCUAACAGCAGUUUCAGAUAGAGGUGCAUGCCUAAUGUUAAUUAGUGUAGAUUCCAUUUACUGCAUUCUUUUGAUCAGUGAAAUAAAAGCUAUAUAAGAUUCAACUCUG